AAAUAAAAAGUGAAAACCCUAGGAGUCUAGGACUAGGAGCCAUUAUAUUACAUCGAUCUUAUACAGUACUAUACGUCGGAAACUGAAAGAUUUUGUGAUGGAAAACAAGACCGGCAAGAAGAAGCAAACUCAAGGCCGCCGGAAGAUCGAGAUCAAGAAGAUAGACAACGUCAGCCACCGGCACGUGGCGUUCUCGAAGCGCCGCAUCGGCCUGUUCAACAAGGCCAGCGAGCUCUGCAUCCUGUGCGGCACGCAAGCCGUCGCCAUCGUGGAAUCCUACGGCGGCAAGCGAGUCUUCACCUUCGGCCACCCCAGCGCCGACGCCGUCAUCGACCGCUUCCUCUCCAACGCGCCGCGGCCGGCCAGUCCGGAGCCGUACUCGCCGGAGGAGGAGAACGUCGCGCAGCUCUACCACCGCGCGUGGCAGGAACUCGCGGCGGAGAAGGAGAAGAUCCGGUUGGAGGAGGAGGAGGAGCGACACCACGGCUGCCGCGGGGACAACUGGUGGCACCUCCCGAUAGAGCACAUGGGCGCGACGGAACUGGGAGAGUUCACGGCGGCGCUGAAUGAGUUGAAGAAGAAGGCGGUGUUGCGAUCCGGUGAGUUAGUGGCGGCGGCGGCGAUCAUAGCCGACAAUAAUAACGACCCUAACAAUAACAACUUAUCGUCUUCGGAGGUCCUGACGAUGUUGAUGAACAACAACGACGACAUUGUUGGUGAUUGUUUUAAUUGGAUGGCUGCUGAUGAUAUAUAUGAUUAAUCCUUUGAAUACCUUCAAAACUGAUCGUCGUCCAAGCUUAAGGUAACUAAUUAAUUUAGUAAUUAAGGUAUAUAGCUUAUGAUUAUCCAGAACAUGAUUGAAUCUUCUUCAAUCUUUCUUACCUAGAUUAUUAGAAUCCCAGAUUAUUGAUGUAUGCAUGUU